AGAGGAACUUAUUUUUUGUAACUAUUGUGCGAAAUUGGAUUCCCCGGUAAAAUCGAUGUAUACCAAGUGCCGGAUGCCCGCCAUCCAUCGUUGGCAUGGCAACUUCGUCAGGCCGAGACGGCACAACAAAUAUGAAUUACGCCCGAGGUGGCCGCAAUCAUUACCUGACGUUGAUCGUAAUUUUUUUCACGACCCUCGCAAGUGCAUUUCACGUAAACAAUGAAGUGCUCGAAUACUGGGAGCCAAGCAUGUGCAAAUACGACGAGUACUUCGACGCUGUCUCUCUGUCGUGCUCGCGAUGCAACGCCAGCCGGAAUCUUGUGCCGGCCGCGGACCGUCUGCGAUGUCAGUGCGACGAAUUCAGCGGGGCGAUCGGUUUCGAGAACGGCAAUCCGCUUUGCGCCGCGUGCGGUCCCAACAUGACCGUGACCGCCGAUGGAAAGGAUUGCGUCCCGCUCCUGCGUCCCAAUGCAACAUGCAAAUGCUCUUCAAACCAAAUAAGACUGGAUAGAAAUAUAAAUGGUGCACUGCUGGAUGCUGUGCUCUGCGUAACGUGCAUCCAGGGCACGUAUCCUUCUCCCGAUUGCUCGAAAUGCCUGCCGUGCGACGGCCGCGAGCACAGCGGUCACGUUAAUUGCGUGUGCCCGAGUGCGACACACGUGAGACUACGAAAUUAUUGUCUGCACAAAGACGACGUCGCCGACUGGCCGGACAUCAGAAGCACGUAUCUGAUAAAGUUUCGCAGCGGAAACGUCGACAGUUACUACCUGAGAAAGGAACUGCAAAUCGCGGUGCACCUCUGCAAGAGGAAAGACAGGAUGGCGUGCGAGCAUUUGUCGAACAUAUGCGCUCUGACUCUUUAUAGCGACGGUAUUGCUUGUAUGCUUUUUAUGCAUACACCUAUGGCACCCGUAUGGUUGUUUUACAAUAAACAAGAUACGGCGGCGGUGAUGAACAACACUCGGAUAUCCGACAGAUACAGCCUCAGAAAAGAAGACAAUAAUACCGUCCUCGAUUUUACAAUCGCGAGAUUCGCACUGAACGGCAAAUUCUUGUCCAUCGGCAGACCGACCCUGCCCUGUCAACUUCUGAGAAAUGUGAGAUUCGGUGUAAAUUUCAGCAAAAGGUGUAAAACCACUGCUGCUGAAUUGUUCAACGCACAAGUAGAAUUACUGUCUCCUUAUUUAACGUUUAGAGAGGACAAUAAAUCGUUUAUAUACGCAUUGCCCGUAAUUGUCAAGUCGCCAGAUCAGAAUAUUAAGGAAAUCUCGCAUCAACAAUUGGUGCGAAAGUUCUUUCUAGUCGACAAUAUAAGCGGUUUCAAAGCGUUACCGGUGUUUAUGAACAGUGGAUUCAUGAAAGCGUCAGAGCUUUCCGCGCUUCGUUAUAUGAAAUCUCUGACUAUUUUAGUAAACGUCCAGAACGGACAAGAUUACGGCAAAAUCUUCGCGCCUAUUCUGAUCGUGGAAUACGACGAACUGACGUAUCAAGAUUUCCUCGACAACUCCGAUAUCACAAUAGAUUACAAAAUUGUAUUUGUACUGAAGGAUAACGAUAUAGACUACAAUGUUCAGAUAACUAUCGGAGUGUUCACGGGACUAGCACUGAUAUUUUCAAGUGUCAAGGCGUGGAGUUAUUAUAAACGUAAUCACAAUGGCAAUCUCAGCGUAGUCGUUUUAUUAUGGUUUCUCAUUUACGCCAUGGGUGCGAUUGGAAACGCGAUUACGUUUGUGUGCAUCAGUACGUGCAUGUAUCUGUUCAUCUUUUAUAAAGGCCAAACUGUACCAUAUGUUCUUCUUCCCGAUGAGGAUAGCGAAGAAAAAAUCCGAACGUAUAUUACUGUAGCAUUUAGCUUUAAAAUUGCCGAAAUGAUAGGGUUCGUCUAUCAACAUUGGAGAUUGAGCGUGUUUUUCAUAGACUGGGAACAACCGAGAACGAUACACGAUCAACCGAAGUACGACUCUCCGCAUACUUCUUUACGGAAAUUGUAUUCCAACAGAUUUCCAAAGGGCGAGGGUAAAUCUUCGAGAAUAACAUCGGACGUCAUCGCGUCCAAGCGAAAAAGGAGAUCGCACAGAACGAACAGGAACACAAGUCCCAGUGAACUGUCUAAGUCUUCUUCGAUUGAAAAAUACACGCCGGAUUUCUCUUCUGUCUGUUCGAUCGCGAGAUCGCCUUUGCAGGAGGCAACCGAGCGCAACUCGCACGAUUUUCCGAUCAGCGUUUGGAGAACUUAUUUCAUCGCGAACGAAUGGUGCAAACUGCAAACCAGAAGAAGAAUAAAUAUAGCAUUGCAAUCAAUUUACACUCUGUGUAUCUUACAGAUAUUCGAUUUAGAAUCGUGGAUGCUGGCGAUACCGGAAUCGACCGCCGCGGAUAGGUCUCCCAAAGCGGAGAACAAUUUCACAUUGCAAUAUGCAAUUUGUACUUUCGUGUAUAUAUCUGUAUAUCUCAUGCAAUGGUUGGUCCGAUUUACGUUUUACGAGAGAUACAUUAGAAACAGAUUGCAGAAGUUCGUAGAUUUGUGCUCAAUCGCGAACAUCAGCGUGUUCAUCUUGGCGCACAAUUAUUAUGGCUUUUAUAUUCAUGGAAGAUCAGUACAUGGAUUUGCGGAUACUGAUCUUCCUACCCUGAUAAACGAUCUGAAAAAGGAAGAAGACGACUUGUGCGCGCACAGAGGCCUGGUACCCGGUACAACUGACCAGACUUUUAUAUUAUCAUUGACCCAAUCAUUCAAAUCAUUAUAUGACGAGCUCGUGAGGCAAAAGAACAAUGUAUGGAAGCGUAGGCAUUUUAAAAGGAAAUGACACACCUUCUAGAAACUGGAAACAGUUAUUUGAAACUAGGUCAAAAAUUAAACUCUUUCUAAUGCAAUUCCUGGAUCAUUGCUCGGAAGAUGAAGAU